UCUAACCAAUUAGACAUCCCCAUGCAUUUACGUGACACAGCUCAGAUUUUGUCCAAGGAGGCCGCAGGGACCAGGGAGUCCUUAGGGACCAGAGAGUCCUUAGGGACCAGAGAGUCCUUAGGGACCAGAGAGUCCUUAGGGACCAGGGAGGCCGCAGGGACCAGGGAGACCGCAGGGACCAGGGAGCUUAAUACAGCUGUCUCAAAAGCUCCGGAUAUCUCUCGCGACACGUGAAUCAUACUCACCUGUCCCUCCCGACAAGCCACUGGCUGUCACAGGAGAGACUCAUCUCACUUCAACAUAUAUGAUCCAUAAUACAAAUUAUUUAC